AUGAAAGCGAAAGGGAAAAUGAAAACGAAAACGAAGAGAGAAGGGCCAACCGGGAACCCUAUUGCGCAAUCCCCCAAAAUGCAAGCGAGUGCGGAGGAUGACGGUGUUGUGGACUUGAACGUUGGGGGCACGCUGUACUCGACUACCCGUACCACCCUUCUUCGCCAAGACUCGAUGCUCGCGGCCAUGUUCAGUGGGCGGCACGAACUCAAGCGGAGGGCUGACGGGCGCAUUUUCAUAGACCGGAGCUGUUCAAGUACGUUCUUCAGUACCUCGCGACGGCGACCUCGACGUGGAGCACCUCGACCAGGGACUGAGGAAGCGGCUCAAGCGCGAGGCCGCCUUCUACUGCCUGCCCGGACUGGCGGAGAAGCUCACGACCGGUGCGGUGGAUAA